AUAUAUACAUAUACAUAUAUAUAGCAAUAAUCAUAAAAAAGGAAAGUGAAAUUUUAUUACAUCUUAAUUUUAUAUAAUACGUCCAACAUGAAUGGUAAAAACUAUGAUGAUUAUUAUUUCCAUUUGUAAAGAAUGUUACAAAAAAAAAAGAAAUAGAUUAACUUCAUCAAAAUAGACGUACAUUCUGUAGUUUGGAAAAGGAGAAAAGAGAUCAACGCUUUAAGAUAUUUCGUGUUACAAGGCAACGCACGUACGUGUAACAAAACAGAUGAAGAUGGAACGAAUUGUUUGAAUUGAUACGAUCAGCAAGCUGUGUAGUAAGGUUAGGGUAAGGUUUUGUUGCGUAUGGUGACACAGUUGCGAAAGUGCCUUAUCGCAAAGGUUCUCCAAUGUACAAUUAAAACACGGCCCUGCGCGUUGAUAAUGCCAAAGAGAUCGCUCCAGAGCCCGCCUGAAAAAAAAUUGAAACCGAACCAAGGUUCUGUCAGCUCGGCGCAAAACCUCUCCAACCUCUCCGUAGAACAUAACCUCAAUACGGACACGAUGAUCAUCGACAAAGUGCAAGCGGAAAAUCAAACGCAGGAAACAUCUGUGUGCGUUACAAAGCAGGAAACAUCCGUAUGCGUUACAAAACAGGAAACCUCGAUUUGCGAUACGAGACAGCCACGGGAGAAGGUCGUGUACUUGGAAACGCCUGUUAAGGCGGAGAAUGACAAGAAAGAAUACAGAAAACGCAGUAAGUACCGAAAGCGAGAUAGAAGAUGACGAGGAGACUGAGAAUGAAGAGGAUGAGGAGGAAGAAAGCGGAGAAGAGAGCGACACAGAGGACGAUCAGUCAGACUGUGACAAAGGCGUUGAUGAUUCUUGUCCGUGCCCCAAGUCGGUGAAAGGGGAAGAGAAAAUGGUAUCUUUCGUUGAGAAUCAUAUCGUACAUGUGCUGCUACGCAUGUUUCUUACGCAGGCAGCAUGUGGAUUGUCAGUAGGUGUGGGAAGCUUCAGCGACCCACCAGAAAUCCCGGGUUUGGCGCAUUUCCUGGAGCACAUGGUUUUCAUGGGGUCAGAGAAAUACACCGAGGAGAAUGAUUUCGAUACAUUCAUUAAAAAAAGAGGUGGAUCGGACAAUGCAUCCACCGAAUGUGAAUUGACGACAUUCUACUUCGAGAUACAAGAGAAACACCUCCUAGCUGCCCUCGAUCGGUUUGCUCAAUUUUUUAUCAAACCUUUGAUGAAAAAAGAGGCUAUAACGAGAGAACGUGAAUCCGUGGAAAGCGAGUUUCAGAUGGCCUUGCCCUCUGAUUUUUGUAGAAAAGAACAAUUGUUCAGUAGUUUUGCACAGCCGAAUCAUCCGGCCAUGAAGUUCUGUUGGGGUAAUUUAAUCACGUUACGAGACAACGUAACGGACGAGAAACUCUACAAAGAGUUGCACAAGUUCAGGGAGCGUCACUACAGUGCUCACCGAAUGAAACUUGCCAUACAAGCCAGACUUCCACUGGACGUAUUAGAAGACUAUGUAAUACAAUGCUUUGCGAAUGUACCAAAUAACAGCUUAUCACCUGACGAUUUUAGUUCGUUUAAGGGUGUAGAUUCGUUCAACACGCUGAAUUUUAGACGAAUUUAUAAAAUAAAGCCCAUAAAAGAUGUGUGUGAGGUAGAAUUAACAUGGUGCAUGCCACCUCUUCACGAUUUGUACAAAAGCAAACCACAUCAAUACGUUUCUUGGAUUUUGGGAUACGAAGGAAAAGGUUCUUUGAUCGGUUAUUUAAGGAGGAAAAUGUGGUGUCUCGGUAUUACUUGCGGAAACGGAGAAAGCGGCUUCGAGCACAGUUCGAUGUACGCGUUGUUCAGCUUGUCUUUGAUGCUGACGGAACAAGGGCACAAACAUUUGCCGGAGGUGCUGAACGCUGUAUUUUCGUUCAUCAAUUUAAUGCGCAGAGAAGGCCCUCAGAGAGAGAUUUAUGAUGAGAUCCAUCAGAUCAAGGAAAUGAAUUUCAGAUUUACAGACGAGUCACCGCCAGCGGAAUACGUGGAAGAUUUGUGCGAAAACAUGCACUAUUAUCCUCCCCGUGAUUACAUCACCGGAAGCGAAUUGUACUUCGAAUACAAUCCAGAAGCUAUACAAACUUGCCUAAAUUAUUUAAUACCGGACGAUGUAAACAUUAUAAUUUUUGAUAAGAAAUUUAAUGACGAGGAGUUUGACAAAAUAGAGCCUUGGUUUAAAACUAAAUACACGGACACGGAGAUUUCUCAAGAGUGGAUAGAAUGCUGGAGAACUAUCGAACCUUUUCCCGAAUUUCAUUUACCAUUGGCCAACAAGUAUAUCACAGACGAUUUCAGUUUAAUUUCAAUACCACCUGGUGUUCCAAAGUAUCCCACGAAGAUUUAUUCAGACGAGAUAACGGAGGUUUGGUACCGACCUGAUCCAAAGUUUGGCCUGCCCGAAUGUUACAUGUACUUUUGUAUCAUAUCACCGAUGGCUGUUUGUUCGCUGAAAGGUGUAGCUAUAAUGGAUUUGUUUGUUGCCAUAUUGAAGCAAUUGUUAGUGGAAACGUUGUAUCCAGCUACAGUUGCUGAAUUGAACCACAACAUUUACACAAAUGAAAAGGGUAUUGUGCUUAAAGUGAAUGGAUUCAGUCAGAAGUUGCCACUUUUGCUGAUGACCAUUGCGAACUGUAUAGCUGAUAUUCCGACGCUAAUAACUAAAGAAUUCUUCGAAGUGAUGAAGGAAGAAGAAAUUAAAACAUACUACAACAGCUUUGUGAAACCCAAAAGAUUAGUUCGAGACGUGAGAUUAUCAAUCCUAAUGCUUGUCCAUUGGACGGCUAUGGAUAAACAUGCUGCUAUUCGUAACGUAGAAUUUUCUGAAUUCCAGAACUUUGUUAAACAUUUUACUGGCCACAUUUAUAUUCAGUGCUUAGUACAAGGGAACAUGACGAAGGAAGACGUGAUCAAAAACGUUCAAGAGUGUGUAAAGGCAUUGAAGUGCGGCCCAUUGUUGCCAAAUACUAUGUCACAAAUGAGAGUGGCGCAAAUACCAAUCGGCUCGCAUUAUUGCAAAGUAAAAAACUUCAAUAGUACAGACGUGAACUCCGUUGUGAUGAAUUACUAUCAGUCCGGGGUUUCAUCCAUUAGAUUGUUAGUUAUUAUCGAAUUGUUAAUUUAUACACAUUGUGUAAUAAAUAUCUCUGUAUUAAUCCUGAUCCAGAUGAUUAUGGAAGAACCUGUUUUUAAUCAGCUCAGAACACUCGAGCAGCUUGGUUACAAUGUGUUCUGUUUACUAAGGGAUACCUUCGGUAUCCUCGGUUAUACUGUCACAGUGUACACUCAGGCAGAUAAAUACAGCACCGAAUUUGUGGAUCAGAGAAUAGAAGCGUUUUUGGAGAUGUUUAACAAUAUCUUGAAAGAAACCUCGGAGGACGAUUUGGACAGUGUUAAAGAAGCAGUAAUAAAGUUGAAACAAUGCGCGGACAUACACUUGAAAGAAGAAGUUGAUAGGAACUGGACGGAAAUUAUAAGUGGUGAUUACAUGUUUGAUAAAAUAGAAAAGGAACUGAGUGUAAUCGAACACAUAAAGAUCGAGGAACUAAGGGAAUGGAUGAGAUCUCACACGCUUAACGGAAGUAGCUUCAGGAAAUUAAGUGUGCAAGUAGUUGGAACUGCAAAUUCAGUCGAUACGGAUACAGAGAAUAACAAAGAUAUCGAGGCAAAUGCAACUGAUUCUAAUUCAAAAAUAAAAGAACAUGGGAACGUGAAAUAUUUAUUAAAUUACGUUCCUGCUACCGAGCUUGACAAAUCCGCGCUUCACAUUACCAACAUCGAGGAGUAUAAAAAUCAGUUGUACAUUUAUCCUCUAGCAGAGCAGUUGCGUUCCAAAGAACAGAUUUACAGCAAAAUGUUGAUGCAAUUUGAAUACUCUAAAUUGUUACAACAUCCAUUAAAGUGCAUUUUGCAUUUAGUAUUUCGAAUAAUUGUUGAAUAUAUUGAUUUUUUUUUUUGUUCUGUAGUAUUAUAGAGUUGCCACUACAUUUAUACAAUGA